UUAUCUAGGUCACACACAUACACACAGCCACCAGCUGAUCGCAGCGUUUCAUUCAUAAGUUAGUUGACGAACUGUUUACGGUGUCAGGUGUGCUCAUCACCGGAUUAUUUGUUGUUGGUACGUAACAAAACACACCGUCUCAAGGAUCACGUGACGUUAUCCUCUAUAAUAUCUGUGGUUUGAGAUUUUUCUUGAUCCAACUUUUUGUCGACUUUUUCCUCUAGCUAAACCUUUUGUGAUAUUAAACAGUGCAUAUACACAUUGUAUCGUACACCAACCCCGUUAUUUGACACCAUGUCGGAGGCUGCAACGGCGUCUGAAGUGGCAGCAGAAAACACUCCGGCAUCACAGCCCACUAAAAGGGGCAGAGGACGACCCCGGAAACCAAAACCUGACCAGCCAGAAGAACCGAAACCAAAACGACCUCGUGGAAGGCCCCCCGGGACUACCAAAACCCACGGCAGUAAGAAAGAAUAUAAGCCGAGCAAACCACGAGGUAAACCAACCAAAGGUGGAACCAGGGCCGAACCAUCUGAGGAACCAAAUCCUAAUUAAAACGACAUCUAGGUGUCUGUCAUGUACAUAAUCUAUCUCAUCAGGGACUAAAACGCUGACUAUUCCCAAAGGGCUUAUCUACCAUGGUCCGUACCUAGUACAGUUCCCGACACAGCUUCGCCUUGGACUUGUGGAAAUUAAACAACGGACUUAAAAACGGUUUUCCAUGAGAAGGAAUUGAAGAAAUACUACCUUACCUGGCUCAAAAUAUUAUGUGUAGGAGAAUUGUGAGAAUGUCAUUUUGAAUGACAAAAUUAUUGUUGUUUUGUCGGCGUAGAUGAUUCAUAAUUUGAAAGGUAAUACACGUUGGCAGAGAUAAUUAUUUUACGAUUCACUAGUUUUAUUAUACUUAGAAAGAGAGAAAGGUUGUGGUUGAAUGGUUAUAUAAAAUGGGCAGAGAGAUAAUUAUGUGGUUGAAUGGUUAUAUAAAAUGGGCAGAGAGAUAAGUAUGUGGUUGAAUGGUUAUAUAAAAUGGGCAGAGAGAUAAUUCUGUGGUUGAAUGGUUAUAUAAAAUGGGCAGAGAGAUAAUUCUGUGGUUGAAUGGUUAUAUAAAAUGGGAAGAGAGAUAAUUCUGUGGUUGAAUGGUUAUAUAAGAUGGGCAGAGAGAAAAUUCUGUGGUUGAAUGGUUAUAUAAAAUGGGAAGAGAGAUAAUUCUGUGGUUAAAUGGUUAUAUAAAAUGGGCAGAGAGAUAAUUCUGUGGUUGAAUGGUUAUAUAACAUAUGGACAAAAAGAGGAUUCUGUGGUUGAAUGGUUAUAUAACAUGUACAGAAAGAGGAUUCUGUGGUUGAAUGAUUAUAUAACAUCGGCAGAGAGAUAAUUCUGUGGUUGAAUGGUUAUAUAACAUGGACAGAGAGAUAAUUAUGUGAUUGAGUGGUUAUAUAACAUAUGGACAAAAAGAGGAUUCUGUGGUUGAAUGGUUAUAUAACAUGGGCAGAGAGAAGGAUUCUGUGGUUGAAUGGUUAUAUAACAUAUUGACAGAGAGAAGGAUUCUGUAGUUGAAUGGUUAUAUAACAUAUUGACAGAGAGAAGGAUUCUGUAGUUGAAUGGUUAUAUAAUUCUGUAGUUGAAUGGUUAUAUAACAUGGACAGAGAGAUAAUUCUGUGGUUAAAUGGUUAUAUAAUUCUGUGGUUGAAUGGUUAUAUAACAUGGGCAGAGAGAAGGAUUCUGUGGUUGAAUGGUUAUAUAACAUAUUGACAGAGAGAAGGAUUCUGUGGUUGAAUGGUUAUAUAAUUCUGUAGUUGAAUGGUUAUAUAACAUGGACAGAGAGAUAAUUCUGUGGUUGAAUGGUUAUAUAAUUCUGUGGUUGAAUGGUUAUAAAAUUCUGUGGUUGAAUGGUUAUAUAACAUGGACAGAGAGAUAAUUCUGUGGUUGAAUGGUUAUAUAACAUGGACAGAGAGAUAAUUCUGUGGUUGAAUGGUUAUAUAACAUGGACAGAGAGAUAAUUCUGUGGUUGAAUGGUUAUAUAAUUCUGUGAAAGAGAGAUAAUUCUGUGGUUGAAUGGUAAUAUAACAUGGACAGAAAGAGGAUUCUGUGGUUGAAUGGUAAUAUAACAUGGACAGAGAGAUAAUUCUGUGGUUGAAUGGUAAUAUAACACGCCUUUUUCUCAACAACGAAAAGGCCUUUUUGGCGGGGUCAAAAAGGUUUAAAUUUACUGAAAUUCAAAACACUUUCACAAUAUCCAGAUGUGAAAGAAUUAAAUAAUCUCCAUAGAUGGAAGGAUCUUAAGGUGCUUUAUCAAAAUUAUAUAAUUCCUGAUCUGAGGCCUAACAUUUCCCCCUGGGGAGGGUGUAGUCUUUACUAUUGUUUAUAGUAUCGUGCUGGCCGAGUGGUUAAUGUGUCCCGACACUUCGACUCUAACUCUCUACAUCUGGGUCUUGAAUUCGAAACCCACGUGUGACAGUUGCCUGGUACUGAUAGUAGGCCGGUGGUUUUCUCCGAGUACUCCGGCUUUCCUCCUCUCCAAACCCUGACUCGUCCUUAAAUGACCCUUGCUAUUAAUAAGAAGUUAAACGUUAAAAGUUAAAAGUUAAUAGGAAUUAUAAUAAUAAAGGGAAAUCUUAUUUAUUAACAUCAGUUUUAAACGAACAUUAAUGUUCGUUUAAAAUGAUGUUAAUAAAUAAGAUUUCCCUAUCAUUAUUAUUAUUGGAAUCCAGAGUAGAAUUGCUGUGUUUGCCCAUAUUUGGUAUCAACAAACACAUUAGAUCAUAUACCCAUCUUCAUUGACAUCUCGCCAAUCGUCAUCUCCAGGAUAAAACCCCAGCAACGCCAAGUAAAUUAAUACCCAACACGAGCAAGUGAACCAUUAUCGGGAAUCACUGGUUACUGGCCACAAGGAGCUCACUGCAAUCCCACAUGAAGGCAACCCUGAGGGAUACCCGAUAAAUUUGGAAAAGUGCUACACAAAGACGGAGAGGUCUCUAUACCAAAAUACAAGGAUGCUUAUCACAUUGAAAAAUACUCAAUGAGAACAUAAUCAAUAAUAAUGUUAAUAAAACAUUAAAAAAAAGAAAAAAAAGGGAAGUUGAAAUCCCUGGGCUUCCCUCUGAAAGCUUGACUUUUAAUGGAAACCUCAAUAGACGUUGUCGAUAAGUUUUGUUACCUUGGACUGAUUUUUUUACUUUAAAGGUAGAUUUACUGUAGCAGUAGAUACUUUGACUUCUCAAGGGCGAAAAGCAUAUUAUCACUAGAAAAAUGAAAGGAUUCACCCCUAAUACUGAAACGAAAAUAUCUUUAUUUGACACUUAUGUUGCAUGUGUUUUGAAUUACGGAUGUGAAGUAUGGAGACAAGCUGUAUCACCACAAAUUGAAAAAGAUUCAUCUCCUUUUUCUCAAAGACUUGUUAAGAAAACUAUGAAUUCUGCUAUAUUUUUAAUGAUAAUCGCGUUUUAAAAUCCUGUUAUGAUGCACAUGUCGAAUUGAAUAACGAUUUUUUUUAAAUGAUUGGGUUGAUCAUAUUAAAAAUGAGCUUUGAAGUUUUGGUUUUGGUUAUGUUUUGACCAGCCACUAUAUUUUAAAUGAAAAUCAUUUGAUGCAAGUAUAUAUUACAGAAUUACGCAAUGCGUUUGAUAUAUCUUCGAGAUGUUAUUUAAACAAACAUAUUGUGACGAGUUAUCUCCUCUUUUUAUUGUUCUACCUUUAACUGAUUACCGUAUCCUGUCUAUGACCUCGUUUGUCGGUGAUAACUAUUGGUCACUCCUGCUGAUGCAACCUAAUACAUUGGUCACACGUACUCUUCUAAUUGUAAAUGAUAUAAAAAUUAUAUUAAACUUAACUUUUUGCCUGGUCGUUCAGCUGAAUCAGGGUAACAUUGUUACAAUGUUGUGGAUACAGUCAAUGCUCAAUGUUAUCUUAUUAAGCUAAUGUGUUAUAAAUCUAAAACGUUUUUGAGUCGAUUCCGUAUGCAAGGAAUUAAUAUUCAAUCUGGGCGCUACAAAAAAGCACCUAGAAGUCAAAGACUAUGCACAGUUUUUGACAAAAAUGACGUCAAGGACGAAGUAAAUUUUGUGCUUCUUUGUCCUGCAAAUUAAUUUCCUGGAUUAAAGAAAACAUCAUCAAAAAGCAUUAUCAUCGUCGUUGAAGUGUAUGUAAAUUAAUACAUUUUUUUUUCCAGUACAAGUGGUAAAAUUUGUAAUGGAUGCCACAGCAGACAGGAAAGCCUCCUCCUCAUAAGUAGCUAAAUUAAAUAUGAUUCGGAAAUUAAGAUCACAAUUUUGAUGUAUAGUUUUCUUGUAAAUAUGUAGAAAUUAGUUACUUAUUUUGAGCAGUAUAUGCUUAAAUCAUGGCGUCAUACUGUCAUGACGUCAUAGGCUUGCAUUACGUAAAUACUCAAUUAUCGUUCAUCAGUUACAAGUUUUUAAAAAUCAAUAUGUAAUUCAUUAAUGAUUAUGUGUCGUAAUUAUAUUGCUUGUGUUUUGUUCUCCGCCAUCUUGUCAUUCAAUUUGCAAUAUAUAUACAUAUAUUUGAAUAUCUUGAUAUCCUAUAUGCUGUGUUGCAUUUAGAAAUGAAUUGAAUUGAAAUUUCUCCGGUUUAGUUUUUCUUUAGGAAGAAUAUCCUAUAAUUAUUGAAUUUACAAUAAGUUAAUGAUUUAUCGACCAGCGCAGGUGAAAACUUGCACCAAGGACACUUUUGAAUAAGUGAUUAUCAAUCGCAACAACUUUCGUCAAUCUUUGAGGGGUUUGAGGGAGUGGUGUGUGCUAUUUAUAAUUCCGUAAUGAUUUAUAUAAUGGCAGCGUUCAUAGACAUAGACAUUGGCAUCAGAGAUAUAAAAAAUUACCUCCUCAUGGUAGAAAUACUGCCCAUCCCAAAAUUUUCAAGUGUAUGGUGGAUCACCCUGAUGGAAAAUGAACGUGCCGACUGCACGUGCUUAUCGACAGGGCAGAAAUCAUAUUUCCCGCGGUUGACACUGGAAUUAGCGGGAAAUUACUUUCUCUGCCAGUCUGACCGCCAGGUGGCGGUACUUGAGGUACCUGUGGCACGUGCAGUGCCAGGUCAGUUCAGGCAACGCACUCGGUGGUCCAGGUUGAGCAGAAAAUUCUUUUUUAU